UCCUGGGGCCAGGGGUCAUUUGCGGGCCAUUUACACAAACUUGGUCAGAACGGCGGUGAAAAUAUUUGUAGAAUGCAUCUCGCGGGGGUUGACCGUAGUCACGUCUGGAUCCGAUCGGAUCGUUUCAGUUGCAUCGAAACUUUCAAGCCGCGCGGAUCUGCCAUGAGCUACUACUACUCGUCUGCCUCCGAGGAGGAUGGCAGUUCCCAGUACCUGGGCAGUCCCAACUACAACUUGACCCAGCUGCCAGUUUCUGGCCAGGAUUACGGACAGGGGGCUUUCUUAUCGCCGGAAUGGCAAUUCCUGGAUGCCGCAGGCGGAACUCAAACGGAACUAGGACCCAUCAUGGAGGUGCAAGGACAGCACAACCAGCCGCAGACCAAACGGCGGAGUAACAGCUCCACGGGAUCGGACGGAAGGAAGAGCAGUCCAGAGCAGACCAAUCUAAGUCCCACGGUCCAGAAGAGGAGACGACAGGCCGCCAAUGCGCGGGAAAGGAAGCGGAUGAACGGAUUGAAUGCGGCUUUCGAGCGGCUAAGGGAAGUGGUGCCCGCUCCGUCCAUCGACCAGAAGUUGUCCAAGUUCGAGACUCUCCAGAUGGCCCAGUCCUACAUCCUGGCACUGUGCGAUCUCCUCAACAACGGGGACGUGGAGGUGGAUGCCGCUGCGUACACAAUCUUCGGCGACAGCGACAGUGGAUUUGGAUUGAGCGGAGGAUCCUUGUCAUAGAUGGAUAAUACUAGACUAAAGUUAUGUGAUUUUCUUCUUACUGUAGAUUAAGUUAAAUAUGUAAUGAAAUAAAUGGAAUAUUAAACAAAAUUGGUCGAGUUAAUUGAAUGCAAAAAUAAUUUCAAUUUCAAAGUAUCGCUUGAUUAUGAACCAAGUGAUCAUUCCAAAAUGAGAUACUCAUUUAACCCUUUCUAGCAAUUAUAACCAGCCCACUAUUCCCAGAUCCCCAGAUUCAAUUGGCCAUCGGAUCGUUUGG